UCUCUCUCUCCGCGUGUACGGAGCCGGCUGAAGCAUCGUUUAGCUCUUUCCUUUCUUCUUUUUCCUCCUAACGUGUUCGCCUACCGAUUCGACACGCUUCUAUAAAAUGGUACUUGCAGACACGAAUCUGCCGAAUCUUCGUUGCGAGCAGCAGCAACAGCAGCAGCAACGUAGGUACCGAUACAGCAGUGGCAGACAAUUCUCGCAGGAGCGUGAGAAUCGGCAAUGCAGAUCCGCGCGAAACGGAAAUCCGGAAGAGAUAUCGGUGUUGAAUUUAGUGGACGGGGAGAGUUUGAGCUACAGUUUAGCGUUGAUACGCGGCCGUACGCCGACGCCGUGCGGCUUCAUCACCGUACGGAACCAGAAGAACCAGAGUUUCGAAUGGCCGAUCGUGGCCGGUGAAUUUCGCGCCGUGGUGGAAUUGUCGCGGGGCCCGAACAAAUUGGAAUUGGAGGCUGCCGGGCAAAGGAAAACGCUGCAUCUCGUCCACGAGCCGAGAACCACCAGAUUACGCGUGACGCCGGUCUACGUGAUUUGCUCCGGCCACGACGGAUACUUCCAAGGUCCGCGCGGGGAGGAUUGUUCGCCGGAGAGCGCCGCGACCAGGAUAGGGCUCGGUGCCCGUCUCCUGCAGGCCCUUACCGCGGAGAAAUUAAGGGAGGCGGGUUACGGUAGAAAAACGUUUCAGUUGGAACGAGACUUGGACGGUCCGGAAUGCUUGAUCAUGUACAGCACGCUCGACGUCGACAGGGCGCGCACGAUGAAUCAGCUGGAACUCUGGGAAGUGAUCGCGGUGGAAUUGUUGACCGGCCCUUUGUGGUCGAAGGAUCGAAAGUAUCUAGCGAUUCUCUCUUGCACGAGGUAUCGGGGCGCGCCAAUUCCAUUCACUUACGAGGACACUCUCGCGAGGACGCAAGGUCACGCGGCUCUCGGCGGCGGCGGUUUGGCGUUGUACGGCUCGGCUUGCCUGCACACGUGGCCCACCUGCAUGGCACAAGUGUUGCCGAGAUUCCUCGACACGACGGUCGUCGAUACGGAACAGCUGAUGGACGACAGCAAUUACCGCGGCACGUACGGCGGCUGUCUAGCCACCGGUCUCGGUUCGGUCCUCCACGAAUUAGGUCACACGUUCGAUCUCGGUCACGCUCACGAGGGAAUAAUGGGUCGGGAUGUCGACUACGUCGAUCGGGUCUUCGUCAGCGCGUCUGGUGUCGACUUGAAUCGUAAUCCCGUUCUACGAAGAGAUCCCCAGCACACGACCGUCGCGUUGAGCAGACCGCUCAGCGUGACGGUCACUGUGCAAGAACCGUUUCCUCUGUUGAAUAGCCCCCGAAGGAAUCGUUCGCUCUCCGAAACAUCACGACCCUCGCCCUCUCAAAGCCCUCCGCGAUUACACGGUAGAAUAUCCGCACCCGGUAGUCCGAAACUUAACAGAUCCUUCACCAAGACCCUCCUACAAUCCGCGUCGGAACAAACUGCCUCUAAUUCCCAGACAGACCGGACAUUUUGGUCGCCUUCGUGCGCGGCGUUCCUCGCUUAUCAUCGGUGGUUCAACAGCGAGAUGGACUACUUUCCCGCUCCGCACUAUCAUAUCGAAUACGAUGGCAAAAGGAACGUUGUACGAUCACGUUUCGGAGUACGGGUGAUAGAGCUUAGAGAAACGUCGGGGGAGAUGGUGGUUGGAUCCCGGCAAUUUCCGGGGUCACGACCACCCUUGGAAGCGCUAGUUCCGCCAGCUCCACAACAUUGUCUUGCCGCCCUGACUCUCUUCGCCGAGGAUUCAGCCGGCAACGUGCUCAAAUACCCUCUUCCGACGGCAUUCUGAAGUUUCGUGCUUGCUGUAUUUUCGCACGGUUAUGAACAUUCGGACGAAUACACGCAAACGUGCGCGAUUGGUAAACGCUUCAAUCCGAACGAAGCCAAACUCGGAAUCCAGUAUAUAUUUGCCUCGUAAAUUGUCGAUACUUCGUAAAACUAUAUGCUACGGCAAGUUACGCGCGUUAGUACAAACUUCAGAGAUCUUACCUGAGGCAAAAAAUGCGCGUCGUUUAUAUAUUUGAGGGUGAGAGAUAUUAGUGCAAUGGUCGGCGGACGGAACGAGUAACCGAAUAGAGGAUGAGUAAGCGGGUAUAGGAUGUUAGAAAGGCUGGAAUUUGGAAGCUAUAACUAGGAUGUUUGUGUAAGGAUGAUUCUAAUGGUAUCUAUGUUGACUUAUAAGUUAGGCAUACAACAAUCCAAAUAGCGAUACCACUCCUCCGGUUUUGGUGCCGACAACUUUGUCACUGUUGAUAUAAGUGUUCUAUUCACGCGCUCCACUUGUCCAUUAGCUCUUAGCAUUCCCAUAGUUAUUGAAAUGUGUUCUAUUGCUUCUACAAUAUUGCCGAAAAUCAUGAGAAGCGAAAGCUGUACCCUGAACAGAGAUAAUUCUUCUUCAAACUUUCCAUUACUUCGGAGGUAGCUGUGGUCUUCGUAGCAUACAGCCACACAAACUUUGAAAAUGCGUCCAUAACUAUAAAAAUAUGCUUCUAACUCUUUUGCAUAGAUGGAAGUGUCUAAUGGAACAUUUCCCUUGCCAAUGGAAUGUAAAAAUACCUUCCUGUCUCCCAUACUUCCUUUCAGCAAGAAUACACGGAACACAAUUACGCACCACUUUUUCUACUUUUGAUUUUAAGUCUGCGAACCAAUAGUCUUUCCUAACUAGUGUCUCCGUUUUCGCACUCCCGAUAUGACCGUUCUCGUGUACACGUCGAAUGACUUGUGAUUGCUUAAUACGCGGCACUCUCAAUUUCUUUAAAUAAAAGACCAUUCUGCGCUACAAAUCCACUUGACUGUUUUUCAUUCACUGUUCCGACAAUCGGUUUCAAACUCUCAUCCUCACACUGCGCUUCACGUAAACUCACAAUCAUACUAUCCUCACCUUUGUCUACUAACAUACACUCUGGAAACGGAUUCCGGCAUCUACAUGUCUACAUGUCUUAAACUAUUUCCCGAACGGUGCUCUAUUUUAUAGUUAAACUCCUCUAAUAAAAGACCCCAUCUUGCAACUCGAACGCACAAAUCUCUCUUACGCAUCGUCAAUCGCCAUAAUCACUUUUUCGUGCAUAUACUGGCUAAACGCUUCCUCCCGUUUCCAAAUACGCCGUUCGAAUUCUUGCUGCAAAUGAAUCUUGCUUGUGAUAAAACAUUUCUCGUAAACCUCCCGGGAGUUCUUUGACCGUCAUUACGAUACACUCGGGUUUUUAGUGGAACCACUCAAACGCUUUCCCCUUUUAACCGUGACGAAAUGGCAAGUUUUACUAUUUCGUCCGUCACUUGAUACGUUACUCUCAGUAACCGCACUUGUUUUCCCCACGUUUCAUACGUCUCGCUGUUGCCAUCAAAAUAGUUUAGCAUAUCCGCCACCAUCGGUGCAGUCUCGUAUUGCAUCGAACGAGGUGCAUUAAUCGCCUGAUUAUUGCCGCCAAUUGUUAAUUGUUGCACGCUUUUCAAAAACUCAAUCUCUCUGUGUGCCAGGUCAAGUUCGUCUUCUUUAAAUUUUUUCUCUCCUCGGCAAAGUUCAAUCUCCCGCUGCAUGUUAGCCCGUUCUAGCUCGCUCACAGAAGGGAUACUUGUCGCCCCCCGACUGUUCAGUUAUGUCUUUCUGGUGAUCUGCCGAUUUCAUUGCAUAGUCUUUCGCCCAGCUACCCGAUGGAUCAGCUUCCAUUAGCCAGUUUAUCAAUUCAGUCAUUAUACAAUAUUGAUGACAUUUUAUGCGUGCGUGUGUGCAUAUGUAUGCGUGUGUUAAAAAGAGAGACGCAUUGCAGAACCUCGCAAACCAAUCAGAGUUUUAUACAAUCUUACGAAGAACCCUACAUCUCAGAGAUUAUUAUUAUUAUUAUAAUAUCUUUUGUAAAUAUUAUCCCAAUCGUAGCUUUCCGUGGAAAACCUAGAUACAGUAGUGCCCACAUAAGCGACCGGAAUUUUGCCCAUAUAAGUGACCAGAGUUAUCACCACCAAUUCUUAAAAGCGAAGCGGCUUCGUUAUCGAUACAUUGUAUAUGGUUUCGGGCGCCAGCUAUUGUAUCUCACUCGCACUUAUUCUCUUUCCUUAUCUCCGUUGAAUUCUGAGAACCAACCAUGCCCACAUAAGUGACCGGGGCCGGUCCCGAGCUUGGUCAUUUAUGUGGGCACUACUGUAUAUCGACUGAAUUUGUACGUGUGACGGACGCAUGUAUGAGCGUAGAUAAUAAUCAUCUAACAAAAGAAGAAACGCUGUAGCUCUAGCAUUGUAAUCUGUUGUCAACGACUUUGUAAAAAUGCGACAAAAUUACAGAACAAUGCAACUUCCAGAUACACGUGUAUGUACAGUGUAGGUAUCAUAGGAUUUACUUUGGUAAAUAUUUCUAAUCGACAAAUAUACUAUUUAUUAAAUAAUUUACGCCUAUAAAGACAAGGACUCGAACUAACUAGAAUGCCUUAUCGGUGAUAAUAACAUGUAGGCAUAGUAAAAAGUACAAGUUAACUAAUAAACGUGAAAACUUCUGAUGUACCACUACUCAAAAGAAAACCGUGCAUUUGAAGCGACGUUAAAUGCUCUUACUGAAAUACAUACACACCACGUUAUACGUAUAAACAUAUCACGAUUGUUGUUACGAUUUUCAUCAUUGCCACUAUCACUGACUUUUA